AUGCCGCCCAAUCUUGAUGAAAUUGAGUACGCGCCCCCCUUCCAAGAUGGUCUACCAGCUUCAAGGCCAAGUCUUGUUAUGGAUUACGACUCCCCAAGUCCUGAUCCCGUACCAGGCGCAACCCCGGAUCCAAAACCUGCUAUCAAGCUACCAGAACCCAAGAAGAUAGGUCCGCCACCACCAGAUCCAUUGCAGAAGCUACUGGACCUUCCAAUCCUUCGGCCAAUUCCAUGGAAGGAGGGACAGGAUUUGCCUCCAAGUAAAUCAUCAGAGCAUGAGCGAGUUCAGGUUCGCAGCGCAGUUCUUCUAAGCACAAGAGGGGAUGUUGCAGAAAAUCCAUGUAAUCGUUGCGCUCGAGGGACUGGUCGGUUCGCAAAGUGUGUGUACAAAGAAGGAUGGUUCAUGGGAGCAUGCGCAACAUGUCAGAUGAGCUCAAAAGGAAACCAUUGCAGCUUCAGGCUGGAGAAGGAGGCUGCUGCGAAAGCAAAGACAGCUCUAACGAACUCCACGAACAUGUCGGCUCAAGAGCUCGUCCAAGGCUCUCCUCCAGGUGAUACAAUUCACGUCAAUGGUCCAUCAAUGAAGCGCAAGCGGGUUUCUACUGAGAAGGCAGCGGCCCAUACCUACGAGAAGACUUUUGACGAUGAUCCAAACGCCCUAUUGCAAUACGUCUUCAGCCAGCAACAAGCUGCCAAUGGAAGUAACAAGCGUCACCACCAGCAAUAUCUAGCCAAGAGAGAGGAAGAUGCGCGGGUUGGCAAAUUGAAUGGUUAUGAUGUUGGGCGGGAGAGUUACAGAGAAGAGGAUCCAUAUUCGCCAGCAGCCACAUAUGGAGGCCAUGAGAGAUCAUCAUUCACUGCGCGUGCCACUCUCCCUCCAGACGACGAGCCAUUACCUCUGAUUGACACGUUCCCCCGCAAGAAGCAGAAGCAGCUCUUCGCUAUCAUCGGUAGUUUGCAAAGCGGUAUCAGGACAUCUCGUCAGCAAACGGAAAACCUUCAGAAACAGCUAGAUUCCCUUCAAAUGAUCCUCGGAAUCGAGCCCGAGGAGGUCGAACUAUAA